AUGACAAGGAUUGCAAUUCUGGGCGCAGGACCUUAUGGAGCGUUUGCUGCAAAGAAACUCUCAAGCGUUCCUGGGUUAGACGUCACCUUGAUCUCGAAAAAAAAUUAUAUCCACAUGGUCCCUGCAGUUCCGAGAAACUUUGUUACCCAGAACUUGGAUGGAUACUCCAGAACCCUCGAGGACAUUUUUGGCAAUUCGAUUAGGCUAAUAUAUGACGAGGUUGUUAGUUUUGAUGAUAAAAAGGCCACCACACGCAAAAAUGGAGAUGUCGCAUUUGAUGUUCUGAUAGUUGCCACGGGCUCAAUUCUAAAUCGCGAAUUUCAGCUGCCGGACACCAUUGAUUCUGCAGUGGAGUAUUUCAAGGAGGAGUUCGAAAAGGUCAAGCGCGCAAAAAACAUCACCGUUAUCGGCGGCGGAAUCUCAGGCUGUGAGCUCGUGGGAGAGCUGGCCUAUAAAUUCAAGGAUGAGAUAGCCAAGGGCGAGAAAAGCAUUCGUCUGAUACAUUCCAGCUCGAACCUCUUGUCGCACUUUGAAAUUGACUCUGUUAGAAUGAGCAUCAAGUCCCAGCUAGAAGGCAUGAACGUCAAGCUCUAUCUUGGUAAGCAGGCGACUCAGGACGGAGAUAAGAUCUAUGUUGGAUCUGAGGAAAUCCCCUCCGACCAUACCAUAUGGACUACGGGAGUCAAGCCUGCCACUCCAGAUUCUCCGCUCGAAGGCCUUAAGAACGAAAAGGGUGAAAUCAAAGUCAAAUCUACCUUCCAGACACUGGCCAGCCCUAAUAUUUUUGCAGUUGGAGACUGUGUUGAUUUCGUCAUCAAGACAGCGUUUCCGCUGAAAAAGUGGGGUUCCGUUCUGACCGACAACGUAGUUGCCUACGUCCAAAACAAGCCACUUACUAAGCAGAUUGUUCCGCCUACGAACGACGACAAGCCGACAUGCGGUGUCAGCCUGGGUCCGGAGCAAGGAGCAGGUCAGAUAGCUACGCCAUUCGGCACUUUCAAGGCGCCAACCUUUCUGGUGGUGCAGUCCAAGUCCAAGACCAUGCUCAAGGGAAAGUUAAGUCAGUUCUAA